AACCCAUUCCACAUUAUUAUCAUGGAUUUUCGCUUCAACAUGCAUCCGCUGUUCCGGUCGCGGAUUGUCCGGAUAAACAACUCGCUGCUGCCGACCGGCUUCACCGCACAGUCUCGCCGUGUUGCACUCGAUGCGACGGCACAGAUAUCGGAGAUCAUUAACACGGUCGGAUCGAUGUCGGCUCAGGCACAGGGCUUAUCCGUACCGGUAACGACCGCUCAGAAGCUGCGCAACUCGGACCAUCACAUCUACCUGAUGUUUGAGUCAAACGACAAAAAUGGUCUCGUCGUGGGCAUACUGAAGGUGGGCCGCAAGUCACUGUACGUGUUCGAUCCGUCCGGCGAGACGGUCAACGUGACGGCACCCUGUGUGCUGGACUUUUACGUGCACGAAUCGCGCCAACGCGGCGGUCUCGGCCGUGAACUGUUCGAGCAUAUGUUACGCGAGGAAAACAUACAGCCGGACGAGCUGGCCAUCGAUCGGCCGUCGGAGAAGCUGCUCGGUUUCCUGCAGAAGCAUUACGGACUGUCAAAGAAGAUUCCACAGAUGAACAACUUUGUCGUGUACGAAGGCUUCUUCGCAAGCAAGGCUCAAAAUUCUUCCGAUAUCGAUGGACGUCGCAUGCACAUUACCGCUAGUCCUAACACAAAUCUGUUCGGGCCAACGUUCACGACGACGGAGGAAAGACGUCGAUCGACCUCGCAGACCCGAACGAACGUUGCACCGAUGCCGAUCAUCGCCCAACCCCCCGUCGGUCGGUAUGCGGCCAAACGGCCAACCUGCAGCAUGGCACAGAUAAUUCACAACAGUCCCACGGCAGUUUCAACAGAACCGAACAGCACCGCUACUACUAACACCAAUGCAGCUGCUAAUGGGCACGCUAAUGGCAGCAACAAUGGUCACGCGGAUGAUGACGACGAUCAUCAGCACCGGUACGAGACGGAUUCGAUCGAUGGUGGCGAUGGUGGUGGUGAGGAUGGGAUGGACCAACGAUUGGCCGAUGAGAUGCAACGCAUCGAACUGCACCCGGUCGGAGCCGGCAUCGGUACCGGUGGUGAUGCGCCGAACGCACCAUCGCACGCGCACGCGCUGGAAGUAAAGUUUGCCGAUCAGCCGGAAACGCUACCAUACGAAGACAUUCCCGAGCCGGGCCCAGACCCGGAUCCGUACGAUUUUCAUCCGCACCAUCUCGAGCUGCACCACGACGAUACGGACGGUGGUGGUUCACAGCGGGAGCAUUCCUUAUCGCCUCAAUCUGUCAGCCAGCAGGCAACACCGGAACAUCCGUCCGGUGGUGGUGAUUACGGGAUGAUGGGUGGUAUCGGCAGUGGACGAAAGCCGGCCCGGUAUACCAAGCAGCAUACGGGCCUGAAGAAUAUAUCGUUCGGUGUUGGAGCGGCCGUUAUGCCGAGCGGCAAGAUGGAGUUUGAUCAGGAGGAAAACGAAGGUUUCGGGUCGGUGAAGAUCAAUCGGCCGAUUGGGAAGUCUGGUACGCGGGGUAGUCUGCACGACGAUAAUGAGUCAGUUUACUCGAAUGGAAGCCAGCCGGGUGGUGGCAGUGGUGGACACUUUGAUUUGAAGUUCUACCACAACAAGUUGUGGUAA